AUGGAUCAGAUUAUACAGAAUGGAUCAGCAAAACGAAGGCGUACUAGACAGCCAGUGCCAUUUCAGCCAGGGUUUUUAAGGAGCAUCAAAGUAUGGAAUUUCACCACUUAUUCAUAUACGGAGUUUGUCCUCUCGCCCACGCUCAAUAUGAUUAUUGGUCCAAAUGGAAGCGGUAAAUCCACAUUGGUUGCUGCUAUUUGCAUUGGACUUGCUGGGAAAAUCGACCUUAUCAAACGGAAAAACUUGAAAUCAAUAAUCAAGACAGGACAGGAACGUGCAAAGAUUGAAAUCACUAUGGAGAAUUUUUCCGGUCUUCCACCAAUUCGAAUCAAAAGAGACUUUUCGGCUAAAGAAUCCGUAUGGUACUUGGAUGAUAAAAAAUGCACGGAAUCAGCAAUAAAAAAUUUGAGGAAAAAAUUCAACAUUCAAUUGGAUAACCUUUGCCACUUUUUACCACAAGAGAGAGUUGCAGAAUUUGCAGGAUUAUCACCUGAAAAAUUGUUAUUGGAAACUGAGCGAACGUUAAAGGAUGGCCAUUUAUUGUCUUUGCACGAGGAUUUGAUUGAAAAAGACAACAAGAGUCAAGAGUAUGAAAUAAAAAUAGAUCAAUUGAAGUCCAGACUUGAAGUUUUGCAUGGCGAGAGGGAGAAAUUGGAGGAAGAGGCUCGAAAAUUGGAAGCUUACGAUGCAAAAUCGCGCGAAGUUGAAAACCACCGCAUGCUACUUCCAUAUGCCAAAUGGCAUGAUAUCAAAACGAAGCAAGCAGAUUUAAGACAACGGAGAAAUGAAUCUAAAAAGAGGUUGACAUCUUUUGACAAAAAUUUUGUCCCACUAAAGCAAAAUUUGGAAGAGAUUAAGGAGCAAAUGGAGUUGCAACAGACAAAAACUGUGGAACAUACACAAAAACUUGGGGAAAUCAAGAGCAAAAUCGAUGCCAGUAAAGAAGAAAUGCGGAAUGCCAAAGACGAAAUUACUGGUUUGAAACUGAGCUUGGAGUCGUACAAGACGAGAACUGAGCAAAAAAGACGCGAUUUGGAGUUGGCCAAAGUAGAACUCGCAGAGUUACAAGGGAAACUAGAUAAUUCAGAAAGAAUUGAUCAGAAUGAAAUCACUUUGUUAAAUGCACAAUUUGCGGAACGCAAAGCAGUCUUGCGCGAUCGUCAAGAAAAAGUCGAAGAAUUGAAUUUACAGGUUAGGGAUUUAGGUGGAGAGUUGAGUGACUUGAAUAUGAAGCUUGAUCGCAUGCGUAAGAAAUUAGAUGGUAGUGACAAGUUGGAGUUACUAAUGCUGGCAUCAAAUCAUUCUUAUAGGCUUCGUGACGAGUCCUUUAGAGCACAUCUGGAUCUUAGGAAAGUAGCAGAGCUUCAAGGAAAAUACUACGAGGCCCCUGUAAUUUCCUGUAAUGUGACUGACAAGGCAUUGGCUCCAGCAUUGGAAAAGAUUAUCGACAACAAUACAUUGUUUGCAUUCACUGUAACAUCGAAUGAGGGCUAUGCAGCAUUGACACAUUACUCGCAAAAGAGGAAAAGCAACACUCCACUUCGUCAACUUACAGAAGUCCGAAUACCGACAUCAGAACUCACCGGUGAUAAACUUUCAUCACUUGGAUUUGAUGGGUAUUUAAUAGAUUACAUCAAGGGGCCUUCCGCUGUAUUGAGUAUGCUUUGCAAAGUUUCGAAAUUACACAUGAUACCAGUAACUAGGCGGGAGCUUAGUGAAUCACAAUUGAAAAGGUUAACAGACUCUUCAAGCAAUUUCCCUUUCAAGAAAUUCAUAGUUGGCGAUACUUUAUUCACCAUUAUAAAAUCAAGGUAUGGCUCACGUCAGGUUUCGUAUUCCACAGAAAAGAUUCUGAACUCCAAGUAUUUUGCGGUUUCGGGAUUAUCUGAAAGGGAUAAGCAAGUAAUCAACUCACAAAUCGAACAACUUGAACUGGAUAUUUCAUCGAAAAAAAACGGUUACACCGAAAUGAAGACGCAGAUGCAAGUUUUGGAUAGUGAGAUUAGAGACAUCAAAUCUCAAAUGUCGGAGAUCAAGAAUCAUCUGCACAACCUACAAGAGGCAAUCAAUAGUGUUCUCCGCUUAGAAGGAAAAGUCAAAUUAGCUACUGAGAAAGUACAGAGGUUGGAGAGGGAUGCCAACAAGGAUUAUACAAAAAAGAUCAGGUCCUAUGAGCAAAAAAUUGCUAUCAAGUACAAACAAUUUUCUGCAAUUACUGCUGAGCUGAGUAAAUGGUAUUAUAAGCUUUCAGAUCUACUAAUUCAAGAUAAAGUCUCUCAAUUUGAAAAACUUUACUUGAAGAAUAGAGAACAAAGUGCUGUUGCUUUGAUUAAAGAACUCGAGGCAAUUCAAGAAAAGCUUCACCUUGAUUACCGAAAAUUCAAAGCCGAGUAUGAAAAAAUUAAAGAAUCUCCUGAAUACAAGGAAAUACAAGCUAUGAAUGAGAGAACUUCUGAAGAAGUGCGCAAGGUUAUCGCGGAAUUGGCUGAGCCAUAUUUUGAGAAUAAUACAUUUACCGAGGAGACCAUCAGAAGAAAGAUUGAACAUUUGGAAGAUGAGUUAUCGAUCAUGUCAACAGCAGACCGGGGUUCAGAAACUCUUUUACGUGCUAAACUUGCUGAAAUUGAUAGGGCGGAAAUUGAUUUACCGAAAUUUGAAAGCGACAAGUCCAAUUUGGAUGAAAGGAUAAAGACGAUCUCCAGCAGUUGGGAAAGCGAAUUGGAUAAGUUUGUGUAUCAAAUCUCGAUGGCAUUUAGCAAACGAUUUAGUAAAGUAGCAAGCGAUGGACGUGUUGAAUUAGCAAAAUCUGAACGGUUUAAGGAUUGGAAAUUGCAAAUAAUGGUGAAGUUUAGAGAAGAGUCGGAAUUGAAAGUUCUUGAUCAUCAGUCGCAAUCGGGUGGAGAACGAGCAGUGUCCACUAUUUUCUUCAUUAUGGCUUUGCAAGGUUUAUCGGAUGCACCAUUUAGAAUUGUUGAUGAGAUCAAUCAAGGUAUGGAUCCCAAGAACGAGCAAAUGGCUCACCGAUACCUUGUUCAUACUGCUUGUAAGAACAGCAAAUCGCAGUACUUUUUGGUGACGCCAAAGCUUUUGACUGGGUUGUAUUAUCACCCAGAUAUGAUGGUGCACUGUAUUUUCACUGGUCCUUUGAUUGAAGAGAAUAACGAUAACAAUAAUUCCGAAGGAAGUUUUAUGGAUUUUGCAAAUAACCUUAUCUCAGUUUAG